AAUUUUCAUUCUUUUUUUACAUUUUUACAGUGAAAUUGCAAAAUAGCACAACAAGAAGAACCAGAGAACCAGGGUUUUUAUCUAUCUGGGUUCUGGUUUUGUUGUUGAAAAUUAUUAGCUUAUGGGUCACUUUAAAGUUUGAAACUUUUGAUUAAUUUCAAGUGGAAAAAUCAAUGACUUCAUUAGCUACGAAAAACCUAUGGAUUAGGAAGCAACAAUGUCCUUGUGGAGAUUGGAAAUGUUACAUUACAUAUGAGGGUGAUUCUGAGGAGGGUUCGGUAGCACCGGAAUCGGUGAAAGAAGAAAAAAUAUCAUCUUGUAGAGCUAUGAUUAUUACCCCUUAUGUUGGAAUGGUGUUUAAGAGUGAUGAUGAAGCUUUUGAACAUUAUGGUAAUUUUGCUAGGAAAAAUGGUUUUUCUAUUAGGAAAGAAAGGUCUAGAAUUAGUCCUCAGUUAGGCGUUUAUAAGCGUGAUUUUGUUUGUUACCGAUCAGGGUUUGCACCGGUGAAGAGGAAAGCUAAUGGUGAACAUCAGAGAGAUAGGAAAUCGGUUAGGUGUGGAUGUGAUGCUAAAAUGUAUCUGUCUAAGGAGGUUGUUGAUGGUGUUUCUCAAUGGUUUGUUGUUCAGUUUAGUAAUAUACAUAAUCACGAACUUUUGGAAGAUGAUCAAGUUCGCCUUUUACCUGCGUAUAGGAAAAUACACGAGGCUGAUCAAGAGCGUAUACUGUUGCUUUCGAAAGCUGGAUUUCCGAUACAUCGGAUAGUGAAAAUGCUUGAGGUUGAAAAGGGGAUUCAAGGCGGACAUUUGCCUUUCUUGGAAAGGGAUGUGAGGAACUUUGUCCAAAACCGUAAGAAGAUUGUUCAAGAGAAUGAGGCAUUGCUAAGUGAGAAAAGAGAAAAUGAUGUUUUGGAACUUCUUGAGGUGUGCAAAGCAAUGAAAGAAGCUGAUGUUGAGUUUGUUUAUGAUUUUACCGUCGAUGAGAAUGAGAAGGUUGAAAAUAUAGCUUGGUCAUAUGGUGAUUCUGUUAAUGCGAAUGCCAUGUUUGGUGAUGUAAUUUAUUUUGACACUUCUCAUCGAUCGAUCACUUAUGGAUUGCUUUUUGGAGUGUGGUUUGGUAUUGAUAAUUGUGGCAGAACCAUUUUUUUCGGUUGUGUUUUAUUGCAGGAUGAAACACCACAAUCCUUCGCAUGGGCGUUACAGGCAUUUCUCCGGUUCAUGAGAGGAAGAUGUCCACAAACAAUUCUAUCUGAUCUUGAUCCUGGUCUUAGAGACGCCGUUAGAAGCGAAUUUCCAGGAACUAAACAUGUCAUUCUAGUGUGGAAUAUUAUAAACAAGGUACCAAGUUGGUUUUCUCUUCCUCUUGGGUCUCGUUAUGCCGAGUUUAAAUCCGAGUUUAAUGCCUUAUUUAACAUUGAGAAUACAGAAGAAUUUGAACUUCAGUGGAGCCAAAUGAUUUCUGUUUUUGGACUUGAUUCAGAUAAACAUAUUGAUUUACUGUAUUCUGUUCGAGCCUCCUGGGCACAACCCUAUGUAAGAGGUUAUUUUUUGGCUCGAAUGGCGACAACAACUUAUUCCAAGUCUAUAGAUGCAUUUUUGAAAGGAAUCUUCACUCAACAUACAUGUUUGCGUAGCUUUUUUGAACAGGUUGGCAUUUCUGCAAAUUUCCAACGUCAGUCACAUCAGGAGACUCAAUUUACAAAUCUUAGAACUUGCAUACCAAUUGAAGAGCAUGCACGGAGCAUUCUCACACCUUAUGCUUUCAAUGCUUUGCAACAAGAAUUAUCAUUGGCAAUGCAAUACGCUACAUCUGAAAUGGCCAAUGGAUCAUAUAUUAUACGACACUUCAAAAGGUUGGAUGGAGAAUGGCUCGUGUUCUGGCUACCAGAAGAUGAACAGAUACACUGCUCUUGCAAGGAAUUUGAAUCGUCGGGAAUAUUAUGCAGACAUGCUCUUCAUGUACUUGUUAUAAAGAAUUACUUUCAGCUUCCUGACAAAUACUAUUUAAGUAGAUGGCGCCGGGAAUGUUCUUUACUUGUUGAGGAUGAGAAUAACAACCAAAGUAUUAUUGGUGGGGAAUGGUUUCAAGAAUAUCAAUCUUUAGCUGAAACUUUGUUUUCAGAAUCAUCAAUUACAAAGUAUCGAUCUGACUUUGUUCGCAAAGAACUGACAAAAGAACUUAAUAGGAUUCUUAAUGAGGUUAGAAAUCUGCCUGAGACUGAUGAAGUCUGUAACAUGAAUGUGACGGUUUCGCCAAAUAGCUAGUUUGAAGUUUUGGAUUGUAUAUAUCUGAUGAAAUGCAAAUUGGAAACCACUAGCAUCAUGAUAAUAUCAUGACAUGAAGUGACAAAGUAAAGAAUGCAUGCCAUCUAAGAAGCACGGACACUCCCGGUGUUGGACACGCGUCGGUGUCGAACACCGACACUGACACUUAAGAUUCAACUGGAUUAUGGCAUUUUCUCAAACUAUUAUUGGUGUCGAUGUAUCGGUGUCUGUGUCGUGUCCGGUGUCAGUGUCUGUGCUUCAUAGAUGCACAGAAAGGAAAUGACAAGAACAGUGUCAAAGUGAAAUGAGGUAGAGAGAAAGUUUAUAAAAUUGUCCAAAGAUUUUAAUUUUACACAUACUUUAUACUCUUUACUUCACUGUCAUGUAUGUUACCUUCAUAUUUAGUUAUAGCAAUUACAAGGGAAGUUAUUUGGUUCUAUGAAAGAUAAAGUGAAGAUUGCUGUGAGUUUGCCAA